AUGAUCGAGGAUUCUGGAGAAAGGCCUGCUCAGGAUCCAAACAAGUUCGCUGUGGAGAGUUUUGCUACCAAGGUAGCUGAAAGCGUCGAGAGCAAGCUGUUUGGGAUUAAUCUCCUGUCACGGAUGCAAGGAUUCCAGGAGGAGAAGGCGCCAACGUUGAAGCAAAAAGGAUAUCAAUAUCAGGCGGAUUUUAACGUACAAGUCAUCAACAUGUUAGCGGAAGCUAAAAGGAAAGGAAGUUUUGAGGAAGCGAUUGACAAGGCUUCAGCGAUGCUCCGGAAACGAAAUCAGGAGAUUGUGUUGCUAGACAGAAAUCCAGCAUCUCUCAAACAGGUCGAAAGUAUGCGUGCAAUUUCGGAAUUAGCGGGAACAUCGGAUUCAAGUGACACGAAGCUUUUGGCAUUGACGUCGAUUCUCGCCAGAGAAGAACCGAGUGCUUCGAGAAGACCAGGCCCAUCGAGGCAGUUGUUUCGAUAUUCGGACUUCGGGGGACGGCAUCUUUCUCUCUGUUUUUAA